UUCCCCCUUUCCUUCCUUCACUUCUUCUCUGCGUUCAAGUCAAGUGCAAACGCUAAAAGCUAUGUCCGCCAUAGCCAGAGGCUUGGCCUCUCGCCUCCGCCUUCUCUCCUCCAUUUCUACUACUAACACUUUCUUAAUCCGGCGAUUCAGCGCCGCUGAGGCCUUGGUCGACGGCGGCGAUGGUGAGAUCAACACUCAUCGGAUCAUCGAAGCGAAGGCGGGCGUCAUGACUCCCAAUUCGAGGCGGACGGGGCUGGUCGGCGUCAAAUGCGGCAUGACGGCUCUCUGGGACAAGUGGGGCGAGAGAAUUCCCAUCUCCAUCGUUUUCGUGGACGACAACAUCGUUUCUCAGGUUAAGACUCCCGAGAAGGAGGGAAUCACUGCCUUGCAGAUUGGUUGUGGACAGAAGAAGGAGAAACACUUGAGGAAACCGGAAGUGGGUCAUUUCAGAGCUCAAGGUGUUCCCAUGAAAAGGAAAUUGAGGGAAUUCCCUGUUACUGAAGACGCGCUUCUUCCUGUUGGUACUUCAUUAGGUGUUCGACAUUUUGUACCUGGUCAAUACGUUGAUGUCAUCGGAAUUACCAAGGGCAAAGGUUUUCAGGGUGUGAUGAAAAAAUACGGAUUUGGAGGAGGACCAGCUUCUCACGGUGCGUCACUAUCCCAUCGGAGUCCUGGUUCUACGGGUCAGAGGGAUGCUCCUGGAAAGGUUUUCAAAGGGAAAAAGAUGCCUGGACGCAUGGGCGGGAAUCAAAGAACGGUUAAAAAUGUUUGGGUUUACAAGAUUGAUCCAGCGAGGAAUAUGUUGUGGUUGAAAGGCCAGGUCCCUGGUGCCCAAGGAAACUUUGUAUUCAUAAAAGAUUCUGUUUUUAAGAAACCAGACAUAUCACUGCUUCCAUUCCCCACGUACUUUCCUGAAGAGGACGAGGACCCAACGGAGUUGGAACCCCUGGUUGCCGAUCUUGGGGAAGUAGAUCCAUUCAUGGUAGCAGCAGAUUAGUAGGACCUAAAAUGGAAAACCUUAGAAUUAGUCCAGUUUUGCCAGUUUGGUUUUGCACUUUUGCUUCCAGGCAUGGCUUUUUUACGCGCGAGAAAUCGUUUGGCAGCUGUGUGUGAGAGGAGCCACAUGAGGAAAGGCAGUUGAUGACAUUCUUUAUUUACGAUUUUUAUAUGGAAAGGCAGCUGGAGAAGCGUGUAAUCUUACUAUUCAGUUUUAUCAUCCACAAUCUCAUUGUCCAAACAAUAAAUUUAAGACAGUAGACGUCUUGGAUUUUGGUCUGUUGAUAAGACCUUUUUGUGGAAUUUCUUGCCCAAACUUGAUGCUUUGCCAUAUCAA